AUGGCAUCGUCAUUCCACGAUAACUACCCAAAUGGCAUCCGUAUCGCGGGGAAACCUUCACUUGCUGAUACUAGGCCUCAAGCCGGGACCGGAUUGUACACAAAUGGGACGAAAGGUGUUGAACAGCAGCUCCCGCGAAGGCUCUCGUUCAAUGGGUCCGAUAUGGAACUAUCUGACCUUAAAGGCGACAGUGUUAGAAGCGCUUCCGAGGAGAAGAACUCCAUCGACACAAAACAGACGUUGAUUAUGCUGGCCGCUGCAACUACGCUUGCAGUUGCCAUUAAGUAUCUGGUUUCGUCGUUCGAUUCAGAAUCAAUACGAACGAAUGCAUCCCGUGCCACUACAAUGGCUGGUAACAUGUGGCAAAAUAUGUUGGAACGCUUUUUACGACUAAAGCCACAGGAGUUGUUCUGGAGGACGGAGGAUCUAGUCCCGAAAGCUGAAAUGGUUGCCCGUUUGAUGUAUGCCUUAGUUUUCGGACUGUUGCUUUCGUCGUUUACCUGGUACAUUAUCUACCUUGAUAGUAACAUUCCGGGAGUGAAUCCUCCGACGCCAUUUUCCGCUUCCAAAAAACGAUAUCGAGGAGGACCUAGCACCCGGGAACGUCGAUUUCAUUUACCGUACGUAACAGCCCUACUAAGCGGGGUGAUAGGAUUCCUAAUCUUUCUGCUGGCUAGUGAAUAAUUGAACUCGUUCGAAUAGAAAGCGUGAUGAAAUACACUUCCAAAAGUGCCUCCAUGGUCUAAGAAAUGCUGCAACGGUGGAAUAUUUCGCUUUAACGGCUGCAUUCCAUACUGUAUCUAUCGCAUUAUGUUCAUCGUAUUUAUUUCAGUCUUAUUUACAGAAUAAUGUCAAUUAACUAUUAAGAACUAUAGCAAAACUAACGUAUCGUACAAUUGAGCGGCAUCGGGUCUCUUUUAGCUUCAUGUUGUAAAUAAUUAUUAUUUAGACUUUUAGCAUUUAAGACGAACUUAAUAUGUGAGGCAUUUUAAUGUUUAUUAGAGAGAAUUAAUUGCCAGCUAACAUUUCAUGAAUCCUUCUACUGCAAACAUUUGUUUGUAUUUGAAUUCUAUCACGACAAAAUUCAAUCUGUUCGGUAACAAAAUUACGCAUUAUGUUAUAUUCGGAAAUAUACUAAAUUAACAGCUUCGUCGUUUGAAUCCACGUGUUUCGCUAGCGUCGUACCUUUGAGCUGAAUGCACUGACUGUUUGUAGGCGAA